AUGGCGAGAGCAUCUCCCUUUGACCUGUCCAAGUGCGCGCGACCAAAUAUUCUUCAAUUGCAGCCAUACCGAUGCGCAAGAGAUGACUACAAGGACGACGGCACAAACGUCCUUCUUGAUGCCAACGAGAACGCAUACGGUCCCAGUCUCAGUCUAGAGUCCAUCAAGAAGUCUGCAGGUGCUCAAGAUGACUCCAGUCCUGGCGACAUCGAUUUCCUGGGCUUGCACAGAUACCCUGACCCACACCAGGUUGAGCUCAAACAACUAUUCUGCAAUCUACGCAAUACUAGAGUCCAUACGCAAAAGGAGCUGAAGCCGGAGAAUCUCUUCGUUGGCGUGGGCUCUGAUGAGUCAAUCGAUGCCCUACUUCGAUGCUUCUGCACGCCUGGAAAGGACAAGAUCCUGACAUGCCCUCCUACAUACGGCAUGUAUGGUGUUUCUGCUCAGGUCAAUGACGUUGAAGUUGUCAAGGUGCCGCUAGACGUUGAGCGGGGAUUCCAGCUUCGCCCAGAUGCCAUAAACGAAGCUCUAUCCGCUGACCCCUCUAUUAAGAUCGUAUACAUCUGCUCACCAGGAAACCCGACUGGGAACCUCAUCAAAAAGGAAGACAUACAAAAAGUUCUCGAGCAUGAGACGUGGAAUGGAGUGGUCAUCGUUGACGAAGCUUAUAUCGAUUUUGCUCCUGAAGGGGCCAGUCUGGCGGAAUGGGUCACCGAGUGGCCGAACCUCGCUGUCAUGCAGACUCUCAGUAAAGCUUUCGGCCUGGCAGGUAUCCGACUGGGAGCCACGUUUACCAGUCCAGAGAUUGCCCUCAUGCUAAAUAGCAUGAAAGCUCCAUAUAGCAUAUCUACCCCUACCAAAUCUCUUGCUAUUGCUGGUCUUACCCCUGAAAAUCUUGCAUUGAUGCACAAGAACAGAGAGAAACUGCUCGCCCAGCGUACGAGGAUACUUGAGGAAUUACCCAAAGUUCCCGGCGUUGGUCAAUUUUUGGGUGGCACUGACUCAAACUUCCUCCUAGUAGAGAUGCUAGACAAACCAUCAAGUGAGGGCGGGAAGCCUUGCAACAAGGUUGCCUUAUCUGUGUAUCGGACCCUGGCCGAAAAUAAGGGAGUAGUUGUUCGGUUUAGAGGUAAAGAGUACGGUUGUGAAGGCUGCCUGAGGAUUACGGUUGGGACAGAAGAAGAGGUUACAAGAUUCCUAUCAGACCUGAAGACAGUUUUGGCAGACGUUCUUGCCAAAUGA